AUGGCGACAGCCGGCGUGCCGACUGAGCCAGCCCCUCCGGCCACCGAUCCGAUCUCCGACAAUGGCAGCGACUUUUCAAGCGACGGCGAAGACUUCUGCGAUGCCGACGAGCUGCCCGACCUGCCCGAUGGCGCUGAGGUCGAGGAGAAGCAAGAGCUCGAUGUCCAGGCGAUGCUGCCGCUGUCGGAAUUCUGGCAGGCCGAUGUCAUGGCCUCGGUCAAUGUGGCCGUGUCGCGUUUCAUGAAGGCCGACGACUGGGACGGCGCACAGCAGAUGCUCCUGACACAAUGUGACCCGCUGGGCCCCUGA